GGCGUAAGAUAUUGGGGUUGCGCGAGAAGAGCGCUGGUUGAUCUCUGAAGUUGGUAAGUUGGACCUGCCGGAUGAUGUUUUGAGCGGAUGAUUGAAGACACAAGAGUGGCAGUAGCGAUGGCGUCAGGAAGACACUUGCAAGAGCUCCUCGAAACAGAAAGAGCGACAGAUCGCGAUGCCAACUCGGUCUAACACAAUACCAAUCCAACUUUCCAUCUGCUUUUUCGUUCCGGUGUAUCUUCUGAAUUCGAGUCACCACAAUGUCCGAAAUCCGGUAUCUCACCCCGUCUCGCAACGCACCGCCCGCCGGAGACGGCGUCGAAAUGGCUAUCAGAGGACACAGAAACACUUUCGCCGUCCUGUCGGCUAGAACAAAGCAGUCUCUCUGCACUAAGAACCCAUAUCUAGCCUCCGCCAUGGGUCGAAUAACCUGCUCUCUCAAGACCAGCCGCAAACACAGCAAGAUCUUGCGUAGAGUCAUGAUCAAGGGUACCUUGAGUGUCAAAGCGACGGCCACGCUCAAGCGAGGAGAGAGGCAGGCUCUGGAAGCCUUCAAGGCGCUGGAAAUAACCAUCAAGCCCUACAGACGUGGAUGGAACACGUUACCCCGGGAUGCGUAUAACAUGAUCGAGGCUGUGGUAUUCGAGCAGGAAAGACGCUGCAUAGAUCCCUGGUUGAUCAUAGAGGUCUCAAAGCUAGCUGAAGGUGCUUGCGUUGAGUACGCGCCGAUCCGCGACGAGCUCUUGCAGAGAGAAUGCGUGAUUACGGCCAUUCAAGGAGUCGCAGGAGUCAGGGAGUCAGAGAUUGAAUUCACUAGAACACAAAUAGGUCACCACGCCACCGACGAGUGGUUGCUCAACGUGGAUGCUGCAGAGGACCGGUGGCCUGAUGAAGGCAACCCCGACCACGACUUACAAACCUCCAGUGAACGAGAGGCUUUGUCCAUCACUUCGGACUACUUGAUCGACAUGAUGAAUACACCAGUAUCUGACAGAGAUAUCGCAAUGCUUGUCUUUCACUGGACCACGCUAUCCAGGUGCAACAAGUACGAGCGACUACAAUCGUCCCGAAAGCCAUGGCAGGAUGUCAGAAAGAAAGAUUGUGGAGACCGCGAGACGUCAUGA